AUGUCAGAGAGAGAAAACCUCAAAGUUUUAAUUGAGAUUCUAGAUUCAACAAGUCGUCAUGAUGAUAUGAUUAAGCAAAUGAAACGAAUUAUUGAACUAGAACCAAAAUUAUCAACGGAAGAAAGAAAUUUUCUAUCAGUUUCCUAUAAAAAUGUAACUGAUGUCAGAAGAAAUUCACUCAAUGAAAUCAGCCAGUAUCUUGCAACAGAUGCAUUGCAACACCCUAAUGCAAUUCCCUAUUUACAAAAAACUCGCGCUCAAAUUGCUGAUGAACUAAAGAAUUACUGCACAGAUUUGAUAUCUUUAGUCGAUGAAAAGCUACUUCCAUCAUGUUCAGAUGAGAAAUCUCGCUUAUUUUAUAUCAGAUUAAAAGCUGAUUACUACAGAUAUCUUUGCGAAGCUGUUGAAGGUGAAGAAAGAGAAAAAUCAGUAAUAUCCGCACAAACAUUAUAUAAUGAAGCCAUAGAAAUAACAAAAAAGGAAUAUCCACGUUAUUCACCAACUUAUCUUGGACUUUUCCUCAACUACUCUGUGUUUUUGCAUGAAACAUUGCAUGCAAAAGCAGAAGCACUUCAAACUGCAAUGGAAAUUUCAUCUUUACCAACAGAUGAAAUUGAACAAAAUGAUGAAGCAGCCAGUAUUGAAGCUAGAACUAUAUUGAACCAAAAUCUAGAAAAUAUUGGUGUUUGGAAACAAGAAAUCAUGUCUUUAACCAAUAAUAUUGAAAAUAAGAAAUAA